GCAACAUCCUCUCCGGGCAUUCCCUUCUAUGAUGUGAAUAAUUAUUUCUAACUUUGUUUCAUUGCUACUUCAUGUUUUCCUCUUGGUUCCAAAAAUAAUUCAAGCCCACCAAUUGUUAUAAACACAGCCCCCUGAAUAGCCUAAGGGCACUAUACUCGUCAGCGGCGUAUCCAGCUUUUGGUGUGGGAGGGGGGAGAGCAAAGUCAAAAGCGAAUGCAGCUUUGAGCUUUUGUUGGGAGAAAACAGUAUCACAAGCCUUACUCAAAAAUCUGCCCCCUGCUGGAUACACUACUAAUACUCAUACUUUCGAUGACAUGGCUCAUACAGAACCUGGUGAAAUUUUCAGCAGUUGAUUCGGAGGUGGGAGCAGCUUGUCAGCCAAAAUUACAUAUUUGGUGGGCUUGAAAACAUGGUUCAAAUUCUCCAAACGUAUUCCCAAAUUUCUUAUUUUAAAAUUUUGUAAUGGGACGAGCAACCCUGAGCCAGUGCAAAAAAGUCUACUGUUACAUAAUUAUAUACACUUCCCCUGUCUUUUUGCCCAGUUUAAACCAAUCCUGGUUGACAGAGUCGCAUAUUAUGCUGAGUGACAGCACUAUUCAGCAGUACUAAUGUAACAAUGCAUUGUGUGCAAUACACUCAAAACUUCUUGACAGGUCAAAGGUUGAAUUCUUCAAGCGCAUGAGUUCAUGUACCGGUAAGAAAGGUCAAUCAGGCUAACAUGAAAAUGUCUGUACUCGUCUACAGUGAUGUGGAAGCUUGGCACGAUUCCAAAUGACACAUUUUGGCGGGCUGUGCAGACACACAACUGGCGCAAACCUCAGCAAUAUAUUCAUACUGCCAUUCUCGUACCGUCUGCAUGCUUAUACUGUAGCUGCAUACAUGAAAUCUUGUUGCAUGUGUAAAUUGCAGAGAUUUACAAUUUAAUAUCAAGCCAUGCCACGUAGACCAGCUCAACACAACCGUCAGCCAAGACAGGCCCACAAAAACCGUGCUUCUCACCAAGCUCGUGCAGCUCAACAAGUUCGCCAUGCUAAGCCAGCCAAACGUCAGGCAGUAAUCCAAAAACGUCCCCCUACUCAACAGCAGCAAAAAAGAAAGACAAAUCCUGUGGCAACUCAGAAAGGCCAACCAGCCAAAAAGUCAAAACUUCUUCACAGCCAACCAGCCAAACGACAUCUUACUGGCCAACAAGGUCAACCAGCUAAAAAAGGCCCUGCUUCUCAGCAGAAACAAAAACGUAAGAAAAAUUCUGCAGAACCUCAUAAAGGCCAACCAGCCAAAAAGUCAAAAGCUCAACACAGCCAACCAGCCAAACGACAACUUACGUGCCAACAAGGUCAACCAGGAAGAAAACGCCCAAAACCGCUUCAAGCCACAGUUCGUAGUCCACAACAAAUGCUUGUGCCCCACCCAGUCCCAACCAUGCCAUCUCAAACGAAAAUUUACCACAAUUUGAAUGUUGGAGGUGAAAGCAACCCAGUGGUGUAUGCCCCGGACGGGAACCGCAACACUGUGAACUUUUCGAUGCAAAGGAGAGAUGAACAACAAGCACUGAGGCAUACAGGGCAAGACAACCAAGAAUACAAUGAGGAAGACAGUGCCGUGUUUGACCAGGAUUAUGAAGAGUACAACUCACCGGACAAUAAGCCACCUCUUGACGAAGGGACCUUAGUUACUUCUAGCAACAGAAACCCCAAUCAGGCACAGCCCAACAGCAGCACUUGGGUGUGAAAUGUGAAAUGAAGCAACUUGGAAUUAUAUUUGGGAAAGUUUUUACUUCAAAUCAGUUUUGUCUAUUAAGCAGGACUAAACGAAUAAUGUUCAUUAUUUCUAAACAAACUGAAGUCAAGAACAAUUUUCAGUUCCCUAUUGUCAUGUUUAUCAAACGCUUAAUUAUUACAAACCAUAGGUAGCUACAGCCGGGGACAAAGGUGACACAUACUAUACAUUUGUAUGCCUUGGAAAGAAUGUACAAUAUGUCCCCAUAGGGAUAUGCAAAGUGUAUAAUUUGUAACUAAAUGCCACAAGAUUCAUUCUGAGUUGCUGUGAUUGUGAUUUCCAUUGGAAUUGUUCGGAUUUGCAAUUCAGCAAAACUGAAUAAAGUUACAUCAAAUGCUUCAAUGUAUGUACUGCAUAUUAUAAUGACCUAUUGGGGAAAAACACUUGUACAUGUACUUAACACUUAUUUUAAGGACAAGGUUUAAGAAAAAUUCAAUUUGUUGCGAUUACAUUUGUAGAGAGCUAGAUACUGUCUAAUAAUAGAAAAAGAACAGACUAAAGGUACAUGUAAAUAGGAAGGAAGUUGUAGUGUAUACUUGUAGUGAAUUCCUGAACAGCUUUAGCGCUGCAGUCCUGCUCUGGCUUUUUUGGAGGUCGGUUAACCCCCCUCUUUGUUCAGACCUGUGGCUUUUAUAAUUAAAUUCAAUGGACAGGGUAGGGCUCUUCAUUCCAGCAAAGUAAAUAUAAAAGCUUAUUGCAUGCAGAAUGCACCAUACAUACUUCUUCGCUGUGCAGCCGAGCUUCCACAAGUCACUGGUCCACUACUCCAUCUCGCAGCCAUUUUUUCUUAGUUCAACUUGUGUCCAGAUGCGGGGAUAGGUUCUAAUUAGGCAGUGUUUUCUCCUUACGGUGACUGUUCCCGCGGAAGGACACAUUUCCUUAGUAUUAAUUAUUGUACAUAUUAAAUCAUCACUGUUUUGUCGAGUCAAGAAGCGGCCGGAGAAGACCGGGACUCAAGUUUUUCCUUUAGGGGUAAUUAUUUCUAUCUUUAUUUAAUUAAAUAAAGACCAAAACCUCUAAAU